AUGGUCAAACACAGUUUAUUUUCUUGUCUGGCUCGACCGAGAUAUCCCGAACAAAAGUCUCAACGAAUACACUUAAUAAAAGGGUCUUAUUACUACCUCGAGGGAAUUCAUAAACAGCAAUAUGGCCGUGACAACUUUGAUGUUGGUGUAAUUACUCCCGACGGCAAAGAGCACAAUCCGAUCCCCUCCGAGUUUCUUCGUACAACAACACCACCCAAACCUCGACUCAACGAAACCUCCUCCUCUACUCUGAUAACAAUUGCUGCGCAGGCGGGAGCCAAGGCUGGCGCCUCCCUUGGCGUAAAACAAGCAAUGAAGAGUGGCGCAACAGCUGGUGCAGAAGCAGGAGCCAUGGCCGGAGAGAAAGCUGGAGCCGAGGCUGGUGCAAUAGCAGCAAAAGAAACGGCAAUGAAAGUAGCCACUAAAACACUCAGAGAGGCUUUGAUUUUUAACAUUUAUACAGCAAACGGGAGUGUUACCUCAUUGCAACAAGGAGCAAUAUCCCAAGCCGGAGCACAGACUGGAAUUCAAGCAGGUGUAACCGGAACAGCUGGAGCUGGAGCAGCAGCGGGUGCCCAAACAGAACUGAUUACAGAUACAUAUGUAGUAGGCAACGCAGGGUUGGAGUCCCAAGUUGGAGUCACUUUAGGUAUCACAGGAACCCAUGUGAUGACUUCAGGAGAAGCACAAGGGACGACAAUUACUGGCCUUUUUACACACGCUGUUUUCCACAAUAAAACACUUGUCUAUAUUUAUCCACCUCUUGGCAUAAACGCUUUGAUUUUUGCAAAGAAAAAAGGUCUUAUAGACCCGCGAGGGUUCGCUUUGAAAAGACCAUGCAUGUAUCUAAAGUUUUGGAAUAACGCAGGUAUUCCUUUUAUGCUCCAUUCCAGUCUUAAACCAGAGGGUUAUCUAGUAAAAGGACGCAACCUACUUCUCCAGUACGUUAUUGGAAGUGGUAAAGUGGUCAAGAGAUCACUUGAUGCUAAUUACGAUGACAAAUAUUUACCCCAGGUCAUGGAAGACUUAGGAGAUAGUCAGCAACUAUUUCUUGACAAGAGUGAAAUCCCAUCAACUGGCAAACAUUUUGUAAGUUUCUGGGCGAGAGAUCCGGCUGGAAAACGCAAGAUUCUCUUGGAGGGAAAGGAGACCUUGUAUGUGACUCCAGGAUUUCAAUGCCAUCACUUUAUAUAUGUGACAGUUACGUCAAGGCCAAAACCAACUCCUGUUCCUCCCCCUCCUCCUGCUCCCCCUCCCGCUCCACCUCCUCCUGUUCCUCCUACUUCCCCUGCUCCUCCUACCAAUACACCUCCUCCUGCUCCCCCUUCUCUUGUUCCUCCUGCUCCUACCGUUCAUCCUCCUCCUGUUUCCCCCCCUUCAUGCUCACCCUCAGCGUCCCCUAAACCAUCUAAUACUUUACCUCCAUGCACAUCAUCCACACCAAAUCCAAUCACAUUGCCAACAGUUGCUUCUGUCACCUUGCCAACACUACCACCAAUUUCAACGCCUCCCUUGGUUCCAGGAUGUAUGCAGACUCAUGGAGGGACCUCAAUGGGAGCCUGUUGCAUAUUUCCAUUCAUCUAUCGAGGCAGCCCGCAACACCGCUGCACGAGGGCUGAGAGAGGUUACCGCUGGUGCUCAUCCACAAUUGACUACGACAAAGACAAGCUGUGGGGAUUCUGUGCGGCAUGCUUCCUUUCUCAUGGAGGUAAUUCAAAUGGUAACUGCUGUCAUUUCCCUUUCGUGUAUAAAGGUACAAUACACCCAACCUGCACCACUCACGAUGCAUCCAAGCCCUGGUGUGCCACCACGUACAACUAUGAUAUUGACAAACAGUGGGGCUAUUGUGGAGGUGAUGCCCCUGGUUCGGCUUCUCAGCCCAAGAUUUCUUACGGACCAUGCUCCUUUGAGUGUGAUGGGAAAUGCAUCGAUUCAUGUCCUGACUACUGCUGUGUAAAGAACAUGAGACAAAGGAAUACGCAGCAGACAUUACAAGCAACAUUGAAUCAGGCUCAGCAAGGGUCGACAGCCCAGCAAGUAUCACCGAUUCCAAAUACAUCAUCAGAAUGUCCAGCUAUUUGCAGUAAAUUCUGUGCCCCUGAUUGCCCCUUUCGCUGCUGUAAUCUUCCUUCGCUUCCUUCUCAUUACGUGCCCAGUGUCGACCCAUCACAAGUCCACUGUCAACCUAUCUGUCUCAGAGUUUGCUUCAAUACUUGCCCACGGCAAUGCUGUUCGACGACGCAGUCGGGCGUAACUCGUGAUACUUCUUCCUACACACUAACCCUUCCCUGUCCAGCUAACUGCUACCAUAGCUGCCAUGAUAAAUGCCCAAUGCAGUGUUGCAAGACAGCACAACAUGAAAAAAGGAGAAUUCCAGUUCUAGAUAACUACUCAUCAUCCCCUCUUAGUGUUCGAUCCACGUCAGUUUGUCCUGCUAGCUGCCACACAUCCUGUUCCAGAUCAUGUCCAAAGAAUUGUUGUAAAAUGCAGAUCGACAAAGCAGGCAAGAGUAAACGACGAGGUUUAAGUAAAUCUGUAUGUAAAGAUGGUCAUAUUACAGCCGGGGGAAAUGCACAAGGAGCAUGUUGUAGGCUUCCCUUUAUUUACAAAGGCACAGUUUUCUGGAGAUGCACAGCUGAAGAUGCUGACAAAAAAUGGUGUUCAGUCACAAAAGUUUUCGAUCUUGAUCGAAAAUGGGGCUACUGUGCUUGGUGA